GAGCCCAGUUGGCUGCAUCUGCCUUCUCAGGCACUGUAUUAUUUUUCUAAAGAUAUUCUCUUUCGGUCGGUCAAAAUGAACAAGUUUCUUCUCGUGGGCUUUUUUGCUUUGCUCUUCUGUGCAGUUGCUCAGGGUCUUGUGUGCAAAGUCUGCAAAUUCAAAGUAGGCUCACUUUGUUUCAGUUCUGAUGACCCCUGCAAAGCAGAAGAGAACCAGCUUUGUGAAACCACAAAAGUUUACACAGGUCGAUUAAUGCUCUUCACAAGGCAUGGCUGCACCAAACACACAGCACUGUGCAAUAUGACUGAGCAGAGGGAUGACGUCUUCGACAUGAACUACAACCGCACUUGUUGCAACCAUGACCUGUGCAAUGGAGGCAUUGGCAGCAAUCCGAGCUUGCCACUGUUAGCGGGACUCAGCUUGGCAAUGGGGAUGUGGCUGGCACAUUAGCAUGGAAGGCUGACAGUGAAACUCACCAUUCCCACCCAACCGGUGACCCUUUAACUGUCUGUCUUCCCAGAGAGACACAAUUCCCUCACCUUCUUCCCUUCCAAAAGGUCCUCAUCUCAAUGGUAGAUCGAUUUCAGACUACCACAACUUUGACCUUUCCCCAUCAAAUGCAGUCCAUCAGCCAAUGCAUGGCGCCCAAUGAGAUAAACCACCUUUUAUUUUAUAAUUAUUAAACCACAAGUUAGGAAAAACCGGAUUUUCUAUAUGCAUCAAAGCCCUGCUGUGCAUUUUCCCCUCUACAUAUUAGCUACACAAACAAGCCUGCCUUUAAAACAUUCAAAUGAGAGACAGGUAGGCUCUACUCUUGCUUAGCCCCCCUUCUCUCCCUCUGCUAAACCAACAGUGAUAAGCAAAGGCCAAAAUAAAGGUGCAUAUAUUAAUAAGCAGUCUCAGGCAACUCAUGCUCCUAAAUGGUGGUAAAACAAAAGCAUGAAGAUGUAUUUGCAAAUCUUUUUGUCUUAUUUCCAAGCUAAUUACCUUCCUACAUGAUCAGUGUUCAAGGCCUUAAAUCUGAGAUACUGAGUCACCAAGAUGCUGCAAAGUUGCUCUGUUAUUUGGUAGCACCAUUGAGGUCUUGCAAGCAAGCAAACCUUUGAAAUGAUUGAAUUUGGCAUCUUUUGCUGGUGUGAAUGGCCGUCAGUCCUAACACUGAUGAUGCAUUGAAACACUGCUUUUUGUAGUUUCCCAGGUCAUGGGGCUGAGUGUACAAUCCAUCCACAUCAAUACUUAUACGACUUCUUGCAGAUAGUCUGUUGAACAUAAGGGGACAUGGAUAUGUCUGUACACCAUCUAUGUGCCUACAGAAGUUUUUAGCAUCUAAAAUUGUUUAUAUUUAACCAGGGCUUUUUUUCUGUGAAAAGAGGUGGUGGUACUCAGUGGGUUGCCCUCGAAGAAAAUGGUCAUAUGGAUGGUGACCCCGCCCCCUGAUCUCCAGAAAGAGGGGAGUUGAGAUUGACCUCCGCGCUGCUCAGCGCGGGGCCACCAGCCAUGUGACCAUUUUCAAGAGGUUCCAGAACUCCACGGAGGGCAAUCUAAACUCCCCUCUGUCUGGAGAUCAGGGGGCGGGGCCACCAGCCAUGUGACCGUUUUCAAGAGGUUCCGGAACUCCGUUCCCCCACGUUCCCCCUGAAAAAAAGCCCUAUAUUUAACCAAUAUAUCUAAUUCUCAACAUGACCUCAUCUGUGAAUAUUUAAAUCCAGAGAUUGUGGCCAUGAAUAUACCUUACAUCUUUCUAGAAACCUGAGAAAGGCCCCAGCUGAUGGGUGGGAAAAACAAAAUGAAGUGCAGAAAGGGGAAAGGAUAUGGGUGCACCAGGAGGAAGGGAAAAAUAAUGGGGAGGGGAUACAGGGGAAAGUGAGAUGCCCUUGCAACUCCUUGCAGGCCUCUCACAUAUGGAGAGUCUUUCCAAAAUUAAAGAUAAAAAAAUACGUUUUAUACAGUCUUGUCCCCUGACGUGUUUUUGCAUUUUUUAUCUAAUAUCUCAAGAGAUACUACGGGCAGUUAAAAAGCUGGUAGAUGAAGUAAAAUAAAGAAGAAGAGCAAGUCAAAUCAAUGCAAGCAAAUCUGUUAUGUUCAUCUUUUGGUUGAUCUUAUAUUUUUUAUAUUCAAAAGUAACUUCUGUAAAAACUGCUUUUUAAUUCUACACAUGUAUACUAAUAUUAAAAAGAUUAUUUGAUCA